UCAGGUCUUGGAGAUGCCUGGGGCCAUCCUGCAAGACUUGGACCAUUGGAUAAUGUGGCAAAGGAGCUGGGAUCUCACCUACUUCAGACCCUGGAUGGAUUUGUUUUUGUGGUUGCUUCAGAUGGAAAAAUAAUGUACAUUUCAGAGACAGCUUCUGUACAUCUGGGAUUGUCACAGGUGGAAUUGACUGGUAAUAGCAUAUAUGAGUAUAUCCAUCCUUCGGAUCAUGAUGAGAUGACAGCAGUACUCACAGCUCAUCAACCUAUCCACCCGCACUUACUGCAAGAAUGUGAAAUAGAAAGGUCAUUCUUUCUCCGGAUGAAAUGUGUGUUGGCCAAACGGAACGCAGGUCUGACAUGUAGUGGAUACAAGGUCAUUCACUGCAGUGGGUAUCUGAAAAUAAGGCAGUAUAUGCUGGACAUAUCUUUAUAUGACUCCUGCUAUCAAAUUGUAGGGCUAGUGGCUGUGGGUCAGUCUUUACCGCCGAGUGCCAUCACAGAGAUCAAACUCCACAGUAACAUGUUUAUGUUCAGAGCAAGUCUGGACCUGAAACUCAUUUUCCUGGACUCCAGAGUAGCUGAUUUAACUGGUUAUGAGCCUCAAGAUCUCAUAGAGAAAACACUGUACCACCACGUACACGGUUGUGAUGUGUUCCAUCUACGCUAUGCGCACCACCUCUUGCUAGUGAAAGGCCAGGUCACCACAAAGUACUACAGGCUUCUCUCCAAGCAUGGAGGAUGGGUGUGGGUGCAAAGCUAUGCCACCAUUGUCCACAACAGCCGGUCUUCAAGGCCUCACUGCAUUGUGAGCGUCAACUAUGUCCUUACAGAUAUAGAGUACAAGGAACUGCAGCUCUCUCUGGAGCAAAUGACUGUUUCCAAAGCUCCGUUUCCAUGCCGGAAUUCAGUCACUACCUCGCAGGAGGCAAGGAAGCCAACCAAGCUGAAAGCUGCAAAAGUCAAACCAAAACAGCCAAGAUCAAACCCCUACCCACAGCAGUACAGUUCCUUCCAUGGAGAUAAGCUGGACUUUGCACAGUUUGGAAACUGGAAAGGAGGCCCAACAAUAAAUGCCGCCACUAACCAAGAACCAAGCAACCACACGGAAAACAAUGAACUUUUAUACCCUGCUCCCUACAGCUUACCAUUCCCUUACCACUACGGACACUUUCCAAUGGACUCCCACAUGUUAAGUGGCAAGAAACAAGUGAUGCCUUCUAGGUUUGGCCAGGGCCAAGGGUCGCCAUGUGAGGUGGCGAGAUUUAUCUUUGGUGCCAUACAAACAGGGGGAGAGUGUCACUGGCAUUACUCCAACCCCUUAGUGCCAAAUUCACCACCAAAAAAACUGUUCAGGAUCAGCCUGCAAGUCAGACGUGUCACAACCUCUCUCAGAAUUAUGAUGGUAAGUUAUUUUCUACAUGCACAUUCCAGAUAUCUGUUCUAA